UUACAACCCCGUCCCGUCUGCUGCCUGCGUGUCAAUAGAACAACAACAACAAAACACCAACUUUAACAACAACAAUAUUAACAACAAACUAACAACAACAACACUCCCAUCACACAUGAAGGAAUUACGGAAGAAGAAGAAGUAGAGUUUCGACAGGGAGCAACACCAUGAGCUGGUUCGACACUGCAGGCUUCACUUCUCUAGCCAAGUCAGCGCUGAAAGAAGCACAAAGGACCAUUGACAAGGCGCUUGAUAUUGAUGAAAAUAAUGAAAAUGCAGAGCCAGCACCAGCGCACAAGGGAAUAUCAGAAAAGCUUCGCGAUGAGUCGGAGAAUUUCUUUGCCUCGUUUGGGCUCGAGAAGAAGAAAUCCCCUCUUACCCCUGCAAAUACUCCGGUGGAACCUGCGCCACUUCCCAAAGAUAUUUCAGAUACUGAGGAAGAUGAAGAUGGGGAUAAGUCAAGUGCAUCUAGUGCUGCUAUGGUUGGAAGUCUGUGGGGAUCUUUCACGGGCUCCUUCUUUGAUAACACAUCUGCGAAUAAGAAAGAGACUCAAGAUACUCCCGAGACUCCCAGCAGCUCUCAGAAGAAGAUAGUAGCAACACAGCCUCCCCGCAGCAGCACGAGCUUACCCAGUCUACAGCUGCCCAAGAGCCCUGUCUCUACCCAGCCACGCACAGCUAGUCUUGAAGAGUAUCAGAUUGACAGCACUGGCAGCCAGGAGACAACUGGCAAAGAAGCUAUAGGUGUGCAGCCAUCAAAAAACAGCCCAGAUGUGGGAGAUGCAUCUGCAACUCAAGAAUGGGGUUGGGGAUGGGACAGCAGCAUAAUGGUGAUGUCGAGUGACCAACAGCAAUUAGAAGGUGAACUUAAUGCAUCUCAGGGAGAAAUCGAUGGCCGGGAAGAUAGUUUAGUAGAUGAUGACGACGAAGACGGCUUUUCUCGUAGUCGCUUGGUUGUUGGAAGUGUUGACAGUGACGGAUUUUCACGGCAGGAAAGCCAAGGCUCCCUCUGUGGCAGAUCCAUCGACUUGGACGUUCCGUCAGUCAUAUCAGAGGAUGUGUUUGACUCGGGGCAGGCAGAACAGGCAGAGAUAGAGAGAGAAAAUGGUGCCACUGCCAAGAGUGAUGUAUCGAGUGAUGAUAGAAGUGCUAGCGAAAGUAGGUUAAGUGAAAGGAGAACUACUGUGUCCAGUGGCAACUCUGAAGUGAACACACCUGAAAGUAUUGUUUUAUUGACUUCUGAUAGUUCCCCCGAUGGUGAGGUGGCAAGUAUUGAGGCCUCUGCUGCCAGUAAUGCUAAUCUGACCAUCAAUUUGUCUGCAGUCGGGACCAGUCCUAUUAGUUCCCCAGACUCCAUAGAAGUCCUUGGUUCUUGUAGUGUUGUUACAUCACCGUCUUCUAUAGAGGUAUUAAGUGGAAUUUCAUCAAGUGACUCAUCUCCAACUCAUCAAGAUUCCUGUAGCAUAACUCUAACAGAAGACAGAAGUCCUCCAACCAUCUCCUUGCAACCCAUUACUCGACCUCCAUCAAAGCGUGAUCAUGAGCCACCCCAGUGUGAUCAGUUAGUUGUAUUUCAGGAAAGUAUUGUUAGUGAAAAGACACUGCUAAGUAAAGACAGUGAAAUCAAACCGUCUGAUGAAGUUUCUGCUAGUCAGAAGGCUGUGGUCAAACAGCCUACAUUUUGGGAUAAGGAAGAAUCAAUGUACCCCAAAGAUGGUGAUUCCUGCUCGCACUCUGGGAGCAGUCUGUUGGAAGACUUAUCAGCGAGUGAAAGUAUCCACAGUACGUCGACCUCGAGUACCCACACAGUGUUAGAUACUAGUGCGAUUAUACAAGCAAGUGAUCCCCACUUGCUGUCUACUUCUCCCGAACCUCAGAGUUUUGAAUCCUUGGCACGACAAGUCACCGAACCCAUACCAAAGCCUGCUGAGGAUAAUGAAGUUUCAGAAAACAGAACAGAAACUGACAUUGCAGCGUUACCUCUGGACAUAUCCGUGGAAAGUGGUGGUAGUUCGGACACAAUAACGGCAUCGUUGGAUUCAUCACAGAUGGCCUUGUCCUACAAGUCUCACACUGGUAUCAGUGAGAGUGAUCAGGAACUGAAAGAGUCUGAGGAGAACACCAUGAGUACGUCUGGAGGCUCGGUCGUUAGGUGUCUCCUGGAGGAAGCAAUUGGCGACGAAGAGGCUGUAAGCAAUAACUCUUCUCCCCCUGAGAGAGAACACUCUCCAUCAUCAUCUGAAAGGUCUGAAGCCUUAAAAGUUGGAUCUGGGCACACCUCAGGUCACAGUUCUGGAGACGAGAUUGAAACAACAACAUCUUCAGACAUAGAAGUCAUAUCAAGCCCCAGUUUAGAUGGAAGCACUGUAGCAAGAGGUUCUGCAGCUGCAUCACGUGUGUGGGCUUCAGCACAGAGGGGACUACGCUCGUUCCUGAAUGACAGGUCUGAGUCUCCUGCGUCAGACUCUUCGAGUAACAACAAGAAGAAUAAUACUGAUAAAGCGGAGACAGUGCCUUCGUCAAUGACGACUAGCUUCACCAGCAUCAGCGAAUCAGAGGGUGAAUCCUCCUCUUCUCACGUCCUUGUACUCAGCCACCUGACUCUAGAUCCAUCGUCCAUCUCCCAGGUCCUGCAGGAUUUGCCUUAUGUUGAGAAAGGCCAUCGCAGAAAUCAGUCAAAUUUCUCCGAGACAAGCGAAAGCUCAUCAGAACCUCAUUCACCUGAGAUGGAAAAACUACUCAAGAAAGUGUCCCAUUUAACGGAAGUGCUUGAAGCUCGGGAGACUAAGCUAAUGGAACUCAGCCAAGUUAACGCUGCCCUACAGGACACAAACCUACGGAUGAAGACACGCAUAGAAGAACUAGAAGGUGGGGGAGGGAACGAUGCAACAGAAUCUCUACGGGAGGAAUUCACACAGAGGUUGGUGACAAUGGAGAGGAAGUUCCAGCAAGCCCUUAGGGAAAAGGAAGCGACUAAAAAGCAGUUGGAGGAAGUUCGGGCAGAGGCAGCGACAAGGCUGAGCUCUGCUGAGGUAGCCAGGGAACGCGAAGAGCGAGACAUUGUGAUAAAAGAACUGAGGGAGGAGGGUGAAAAGCUCAGCAAGCAACAGCUCAGUUAUUCCAAUAUUGUGAAGAAGCUGAGAUCAAAGGAGAAGGAAAAUGAGACGACCAUCAAAACACAAAAAGACAAACUCGAGGAACAGUCUAGGGAACUGGAUCGCUUAAGGAAACAGCUGUCUGCCAAAGAAGAGAUGGAAAGGAGACAAAUCGAUGCGGUUUGUCAGCUGAAUGUCAACAACCAGCGGCUGGAGCAGAUGAUCAAAGACACCAAUGCUGAGAAUGCAGAGUUGGAAGGAAAGAUGAGUGCUCUUAAGAAUGCACUUGAUACUGCAUACAAAGAAAUGACCGAACUUCAGAGACUAGCUGCGACAAAAGACGCAGAAGCCCAAGAACAGGCCCUGAGUGCUGAGGUAGAAUUACGGAAGCAGCUGGAAUCAACCUUAGCUGAGGCACAGGCUCAAGCUCAUAGGGAACAGGAAGCUUUGAUGGCUCAGGUAGUAGAACUUCAGGACUCUUUAUCAAGAGCAGAAACCCAAGCAAACAGGAAAGAAAGGCAGUUGCGUGCGGACAUUAGUGAGCUACAGCAGAGAGUUUCCGAGGCCGAAGCCCGAUCAGAGGAACUGUCCGGUGCAGUCAGCGCUGCUACGAGGCCUCUCUUGAGACAGAUGGAAAAUCUACAGUCCACUCACAGCACGCAGCAAGCAACUUGGGAGUCAUUAGAGUCGACACUUACUCGCAGACUAACUGAAGCGCAAUCGGCAGCAGCAGCGAACAGCGAGAAAGAGAGAGCGAUGCGUGAACAGUAUGCGGAAGUUUCAGCCACAGCCGCAGCUCUCCAAACACAAGUGGCAAACUUAAGGGCCGAAAACACAAAGCUGUCAUCACAGGUGGAUCUUGUUACCUCGAAAGUAGAGACUUUAACGGAAGUACGACACAAAGAAAAUACUCAAAUAGAGGCUUUGAAAGCUUCAUUUGCGGAGGAAAUUGGUGAAAUCAAGAGGGAGAGAGACAGCUUGGAACAGCAGCUGGAAAUCGAGAAGACAGCACUGGCCGCAGAGAAGAAAAAAUCCCAUUCCCUUCAGGAUCAGGUUAAAGAACGAGAGAAGAGGCUGCUCCAGUAUGCCUCUGGAGCUGUCGAGAGUCACGCCAGCACUCCGCGCUCAUCCCCAACGCCUUCCUUGUCGCGAAUUUCAGUCUCAGGGUCCCUCAACGAGUCAUUCACCGGAUCUCAGUGGGGAGAUGAAGUGUUCGAAUCAAGCUGGUCCCGAGGUACGUCACUGUACGACUCGGUUAGAGGUAAUACAACGGCAGCUGUCGAUGCUCUCACAUCACAGCUACGUCAGCGAGAAGGAGAAGUACAUCACCUGCAGAGUGAAAUUACAAGGUACGAAGCGCAGCGUGAGAGCUUAGCUCAGGAAUUAGUGUCCGUGACUACACAAUUAGAUGCGCUGCAGAAUCAACUGCAAGACUUUCAGGCUCUUCAGCAGCAGUACAAGGAUAUGGAACAAAAAUAUAAUGCCUUAUUGCAGAUGCAUGGAGAGAAAGUGGAGGAAGUGGAAGAGCUGCGACUUGAUCUGGCCGACGUCAAAGAGAUGUACAAAGCUCAGAUCGACCAGCUUUUGCAGAAGUAGCAAUCAGGAUUUUGAGCAAGUCUGUGAUUAGUGCCUCUGGGUACACAGAACAUUUUGUUUCUUCCAGUCAUAUUAGUGAGAUGAAGAAAUAUUAGUGAGAUGAAGAACUGUGUUGUGUCUGUGGUAUAAUUAAACAGUGAAGUGUGAUAUAAUCUGAAGACUAGGAUUUGUGGGUACCUGACGUUGGACUCCCUUGGUUGGGGGCUUUGAAAAACACUGUGAAUAUCCUUAAGAUUUGACAGUUUUUGAUAAAUCACAUUUACUGGGAGUAUCUGAGGAAAAGCUCCAAAGACUAGUUCAUCUUCACGGUGAUUAGUAUUUUCCAUUCUACUGAUAUCAUCUCUUCUUAUGCAAAUUUAGAGAAAAUUUACAGUACAGUGAUACACUCAUUUAUCAUGAAUACUUACUGUUAAGAUUUUAUGUCAGUUUUGCUUAUUUCAUACAGUUUAUUUAGUAAAACAAUGUUGUUUGUUGAAAUGUUUGGAGUGGAACAAUCUUGUACAGUAAUUAUUUGCACCGUAUGCAAAAAUACAUGUUUUAUAUUUAAUAAUGCACUGCAGUGUGACAAGAAAUUAUAAUUACAAGAUUGGAUUUUAAUGGAUAUCAUAAAAAAAUUUAUUAAACGCAAAACGAAUCAACCAUACGCAAAACGAAUCAACCAUACACACACUUCAUCCACUGCUAAAUGCAGACUACUAGUCGGUUUUAUAACAUUGUACGUAUUCUUAAGUUGUUAUCGGUUGGUAAUUUAUAGGUUUGUAAUUUUCCAUUGUGAUUUCUUACUUUUUCCAUUAGUUUUAGGAUCUUUCUUGUUAUUUUUUGUCUUAAAUAAUGAAUGAUUAUCUAUUCCAAAUUGAAACUUUUGUCAUUCAAGUGUCACUGUAGGGUAAAUACCAGCAGUAUAUGGAUUUGUUAGAGCCUGUCAUGUUAUUUUUGUUAUACUUGAGAGUAUAUUCCUAUAUUUCUAUCCACAAAGCACUUACUUGAUUCUUUCAGUAUGGUAGGAGUGCCAUGUAUAUGUUAGCGUCUUAUAUGAGAGAAAAUAUUUGCUUUAAUGUGACAUGACUACCUUUAUAGAAAGUUUUGGAAAAUAUUUUAAUCAUUAAACAUUCUUGCACUUUACCAGAGCUGGAAAAUAUAUUUCCAAAAAUAUGGAUCAUAUACGAUUCAAGAAAGGUUGGCUGAAAAACUGCACUGCUACUUAUUUUGAGAACAGGAAAUUUUGAGUGGCUCAAGACAACUUACGUCCUCAUUAAAUUCCAGAAACUGUCUGAUAAUAUUCAUUACCAACUUGUAAGUCUUGAAUAUCCCAAUGUGACUCACAUAUAAAAAUCAGGCACAAAAGUGACCCUUUUUCUAUUUACCAGUGUGCAGACGAUUAGGAAGGGGUGCCAAACUAAGAUAUUAUCAGCAGUCUUUUAGCCUCAAGAUAUUCAUAAAAUCAACCAGUGGCCAUAAACAUUAUAUAAAUAGUUUCAAUUUAAUUUAACUACACCAAGUCAUAAUGAAGUUUUUUUUUUUUUUUUUUUGGUUUUUUUUUUUUUUUUUUUAUCAGCAGCACCAGAUUUUGUUAGUCAUUUGAGAUGUGGUAAUAUUGUACAUUUUCUAUUGCUAAGAGGGGUCAUUUGAACCAGCAGAUAUUUCAUUGAUGUGCUUAAUUUGUGGCAACUCAACCAGCAUAAUUUGUGGUGAAACUAAUUUACGUAUUGUGUUGUUUUGUUUCCAUUCUUAGUUGUUCUAGGUAUACUGAAAUGUAACGCAUUCAACACACAAAAUUGGAUUAAAUAAACAUCAUCUGCUCGAUGUUACUGUUUUGUUUAAAAACUGUAGUCAUUCACUACACUUGUUGAUAUAACAGACUGAUUUGUAAAUAUAGGUCAUAUCCAUGAAUGGUCUAUGAAAUAUUGUAUAUUAUUUGUAAAUAAGAAUAGUUAUUUAUUAUGCAUCUGGAAUAUAUUUACAUUUGUUAUAUAUCAGUUUUGUAAGUUUUCAUUUCAUUCGCUCUUAUUAAGAAACAGCAUAUUUAUUGAAUGAUCUUGGAUACUUUGUUGUUGUUGUUCUCGUAGUUUUCAAUACCGUCCCUGGGUGUUUUGAGAGGGCUGGCUGUAUAGGCACUUCCGCUAAGUUAAUCUGAGGAACGUACUGUCUCACUUUCAGUUGGUCUUAUCAGUAAUCCACAUGAGUAUGUGAACAUCAGAGUUAAAUUACUGAGUCCCAAACAAAUUGCUUUUCUGUGACUUGAUUGCAUUGGCAUACAAUGAGUUUAUAUAAGAAGUUGCCUUUCUGUGAAUUGAUUGCACCGGCAUGAAAUGAGUUUAUAUAUGUUACAUAUGGUUAAAAUUAUAACAUAGUUUGACAUACCCAUUUUAUUCUUAACAUAGUAUAAAGAUUUAUGUUCUUAUUUUUCCCUUUCUCCGAUUCAUUUUUCUAUCUAGAGAUAUAAACUUUUAUGCACUUUUUUACAUAAAAAAGGCUGCAACAAAUUUAAAGCAUGUAAAUUAUAUUUUCAAGGAAUAAUUAAUCAAAUGAUAAACCCCUAUUCAUAGGAACAAGCCUUUCAACUUGCCAAGUUUAAUUUACAAUGCAGAACAAAAAAAUGCUUUGGCAUUGAACUUUGUGAUUGCUGAUUUUCUAUCGAAAUUACUGU